GCAAGGUUUGUAUAUACCGUACUUUUUUUUGUUCAACAUUGUGAUAUUUCAGCCGAGUAAGAAUAUGGUUAAAGACAUUCCUAUCCCGCGAUACGAUUUCUACCAAACUCCCAACGAGCUUAUCCUUGCUCUGUACAUUAAAGGGUACGACAAAUUAAAGGACGAUGUCAAGGUCGAAUUCGGCACAGAUUCUGUAAUCAUCAACCUUCCAGCACUUGCGCCGUCCACAGAAGAACAGCGUAUAGCCCUCAAACCUCUCGCCUCCACUCUUUCCCCCGGCAGCAGCACGUACCGCGUCCUCGGAACCAAGAUUGAGCUCAAAUUGGCAAAAGCUGGAGGAAUGACAUGGCCUUGUUUGCUGGCUGAGGAGAGGAAAGGAGCUGCAGUUGUUCCGCAACAACAGGUACCUGAAGCUGAAACAUCUAGAUCUGCAUCUGGAUCUGGGUCGGCAUCCGGGUUAAAGUCGGACGCGGCAACAGGUGAUACAGUAGGAGGACAGGAGGAGGAGAAGAAGAAGAAGAAGAAGAAUUGGGAUAAGAUUGUAGACGAUGACGAAGAACCAGACCCGUCUGAUCCUAAUGCAGGAGGCGACGCCGCUUUACAAAAGUUCUUCGCCCAGAUUUACGGAAACGCUGAUGAAGAUACCAAACGGGCGAUGAUCAAGAGCUUUACAGAGAGUGGGGGGACUACGUUGAGUACCGACUGGUCAUCUAUCGGGAAACAAACGACACCGGUGAGACCGCCUGAGGGUGUGGAACCCCGGAAAUUUUAGUAACUCGUAGCGCAGUUGGAUAGGUCUGUUCAUGCUGCCUAGUACGGUAUGGCAUUUUAUCAGAAGCAACGCUGUAAAUGCGACUUUUUUUUUACUUGGCCCCUUAACCCGCCUGCUACAACCAAGUCUUCAAAUCCAUCGGCGGGAACAGCUUCUCAUCUGAUCCACUCUCCAGUAAACUUUGUCCGACGGUUUGUCUCUAUCAACAACUGCCAUCACAUAACAUCCAUAACACCUAUCAAGGUAAUCUUCUCAAGUCUAUGUUUUAAUUUUCCCAAGAUGAUAUGCAAGAC